AUGCGUCAGGGUAUCCUCAUGCUGGCGGUUGCAGUAGUUGGCUCGGUAAGCUGCAAUGCUAUCCCGGCGGCCGAGUCGAUGCACACUCAGGUGUCCUUGGCGGCCAAUAUCCAACCCACUGCUGUCGGACAAAAUGAAAUCGCAAGUAGACGGCUUCUAAGGACUGCCGAGACAAGCGAAGAGAGAGGGUACGAGUCUCUAAAGAAAAUUCUACCUUGGACCCAGUCACAUCGGAUCAAGAUUAUUGCGGAGGACGGAAAGACAUUCACCGACGACUUCGUGCACAAAAUGCUGAGCGACAGGAACUAUAUGGACAAAACGUUUGCGUACUGGGCUAAACAAGGAAUUGAAUUGGUUCCCACUCGGAACAUGCUCAGGGACAUGACUAACAAUGACCGAAUGACGCUUCUGACAAAAUAUUCGUAUUUCCUCGAUGGCAAGCCUUAUAGAUAAUGGACUAGACCAGUCCUGUUGUCAGAGACAAGUAAGCUGCUGCAAUCAAGAUCUAGAUAACAUCAAUUCAAAUGAAACGGAACUCGUUAUCCUGGCA